CUUCAGUGCGGAUCGGGGAGGAAGAAAGCGAGUGGGAGCGAGAGAUUUCAUUCGGCUUGGAUUUCUUGUUCGUGCGAACCAAACCAGAGACGCGAGAGGAGGCGGACGGAAGAGACUGCGAGCGGGAGAGGGAGGGCCAGCGCGAUCCAGAGAGGGAGACCGGCAGGUUCUUGUGUUGGAGGUUUCGACCAUUGAAAGGAGCAAAGAGAGAUAGGGAAGGAACAAAGAGAUUGAUUAUGGCAACUCUUAGACAAUUAAAGAUCAAGACAGGGACAAGCAAUCGAGUCCUCAAGGAACUCCGUUCAUAUGAGAAAGAAGUCAAGGACGAGGCUGCUAAGACUGCAGAUAUGAAGGAGAAAGGUGCCGAUCCUUAUGAUCUCAAACAGCAGGAGAACGUUUUGGCAGAAUCAAGGAUGAUGAUUCCUGAUUGCCUCAAGAGGCUGGAGGCUUCACUAGCUGACUUGAAAGCAACGCUAGAGGAAGUUAAAGAAUGCAACCAAGAAGGUUCUGAGAUAGCGGAAGCUGAAAGAACUAUUUCAGAGCUCGAACCUUUGUUUAGAACAGCAUAAGAUAGGAGAAAAUUACCGGGAAUUUUUGGAGAGAGUGCACAACUGCUACUUAUAAUUUAUGCUUCUUUUCUCACUCUCCUUAAACAAACUGCAUCUGUUGAUUUACUUGGCUUGCAACUUUCUUGCUUGUUUAGAAACAUUCCAGACAUUAAAACUAUGGUUUUUCUUUGAACUCUUCAUUUUUGUAUUUGUGCCACAGGCCUCAUGUGCAUGGCUAGUAACCAGGGGCAGAACCUGCUUUAAUU